CAAGAAUAGGCGCAAGGGAGAGACAAGCUGCUAACUCUGAAUCUCAGCGAGGCCAAUGGCGGAGACUGAAGUGAGCACUGGCCUCCACAAAGUGGGGGAGACUAUGUGUGGGGACGGUACCUCCCCGGGUUCAGCAGUCCAGUUCUUUGAUUGUGCAGCAGCAAGGGAAAAGAUUUUCUACUGCAGCUGUCAACAAGACAACAUGAGUGGGAACGGCAAACAAGAAAAGCUUGAAAGAGCACCUGAGGAACAGGAGGAAACUAGUGGAACUUCUGAAUCAGACGGAGAAGAAGGAACGGGUGAAAAGGGAAAGAAGAAAGGUCAUUCCCAUGGACAAGGCCAAGGAGGAGGAAAAGGAAAAGGAAAAGGAGAAGAAAAGAGCAAAGGGCAUGGUGGUGGUCGCCCCCAAAAAUAAGAAAUCAUUGAUUCAAAAUUCUGAGAUUUAUUGAUUGUAAAGAAUAUAAACAUCUCUAAUAAAACUAACCCCCA